AUGGAUUUGGCCGGGAACAACGCAAAGAGCAUAGUUCGAUCGUGCAUCACCUGCGCCAAGGCUAAGGCAAAGUGUGUCAAGCAGCCUGGCGCCCAUAUCUGUGAACGGUGAGCAUGAGCCGUCAUGUAUCAAUGAUCAAUCUCGAUGAUCAAUACGUCUUGCCUUCGUCACUGACGACAAGCAGAUGUGCAAGAUUGAAGAAAGAGUGCCAUUCGAAAGAGCCUGUAUUGAGGCGGAAGAAGCCCGUCAAGCCAACGUAUGCUAUCAUUUCACGCCUCCCGCCCGUCACCUCAUGCCUUGAUGAGUACAGCGUCUUCGCACGUCGGAGUAUUAUCUCAACCGCAGCCACUGCUGAUUUUGCGUCAUCCGACUCGUUAUUGCCCUAUUCUUGGCCAAAAUUCUCGGCAAGACAAUAAUGGUCCGCUGUGGAAAGACGCUGUACUGUAGUACCUCUCGUGCCCUCUUGUGCGUGUUGGGACCACAUAACCUUCAAUCGCAUUGCAUCUCUUCUCCACAUCUCGAGCUCAAAGCUGACAUCACUUCAGCCGAACGGCCCAGCUUGAGAAGCUGGAGAACAGGAUCGAGGACCUCGUUAACGCGUUAUCAACCAGCGCUCAGGGCUAUCGCCCCAGCGAAGACGGGCAAUUGUCUCCUGCCGUCUCGGUGUCUCAGGCUGCCAGGCAUCAUGGCGAGAAUGGGAUGCCCAAUCGCACCACCGAGGUCUUGCAUAGUCUGUGUGGAGACGAAGAAUCACAAUCACGCUCGCCGCAGUUGCAAGCACCCUCCGCCACUGAACCUUCACCAAAGACGCCCAAAGUUGAAGAUACAGCCACAGGUGUGACCACAGAGGAAGCUGAGACGUUACUGGAUCGAUACAGACGACUUAUGGCAACGUGCAACCCUUUCGUGGUCCUUUCUGAUUCCGCGACGGUAGAGUCCAUGACCGAACAGAGGCCUAUCCUACUCCGGGCGAUUUGCACAGUUGCUCUGAUCCACGAUCUAAGUCGACAGCAGGCAAUGUUGAAAGAACUCCUCCGAGAUAUUGGUGUCAAAACCCUCAUGGAGAACGAAAAGUCGAUUGACAUCCUGCAAGGUAUCGUCGUCAUGGUUCUGUGGUUUUAUCCUCACAUCUUCUGGUGCCAGCAAACCACCAAUCUCCUCUACCUCGCCAUGGCCAUGGCAACCGACUUGGGCAUCGACCGACUAGGCGGCUACCUGGAUUUCAGGCAAACCUCCGUAAAGGCGAUGCAUCCCAAAUCUCAGCCAACGGCAGCACCAGCCAUGGAAGAGCGGCGAGUCCUCCUCGCUCUUUUCUUCACGACCUCCAUGCUCUCCGCUUCCUUCAAGAAGAUGUCGGCAAUGAACUUUACUCCCUACAUGGAAGAUUGUCUCACCGCUCUGGAGCAAGCACGAGAACACGAUAGCGACCUCUUCCUCGUGCAGAUGGUCCGAAUCCAGCGAGCAAUAGAGACCAUCCACACCACCGAAGUCACCUCAGCGCCCAUCAAAGCCCACACCAUAGCCUUCAAAUACGACAUCGAACGCUUGCGGAAUACCGAUCCAUGUCGAGACGAUAACCUUUUCCUUUGCAUGGAAUACCUUACCGCUGAGAUACUAAUCUGGGAACUCUCGCUCAACACUCUGAUGGAAGACAAAUCCCUGCAACUGGCGAACCACAUCGAAGACCUCUAUCGACUCGUCGCGGUAAUCAAGGCCUUCUUCGACAUGUACUUCACGAUCCCGCCUUCGGCCUAUCUUCUCCUGCCGUUCUCCAUAUAUGGUCAAUUUGCACACGCAUUCAUCUGCCUAACAAAGCUGGCGAGCCUAGAAGUCGAAGGCUGGGAUGUCAAAGUUCUCAACGAAGUAGUCAACUUCUCAGCCUGCGUCGAUGAAGCAGCACGGCGGUUCGACGAGACUCUACGUAUGGAAGUGGAUGGCAGACCGGUGCAAAAUGACGCCUUCUCAAGGUGGUCUGCACGUGUGAGAUGGAUGAAAUCGGUCUAUGAAGCAAAGUCCGCAGCACAGGAUAGCGAGGGUUGCACGACUUCGGGGUCACAGCAAGAGGACCGGCGGGAGGACACGCAUGCAGAACAACAACCGACGCAAGUUCAGCAGCACCAGCAGCCUAUACCACCGGACGACAUUUUAUCUGCGGAUAUCUUCACUUACUGGGACGACGCCCUCUGGCAGAAUUUCGCAAGUGAAUUCGAUGUAGGAGGAUUCGCCGCGAAUGGGGGCAUGGAUUUCCAGCCAACAGGAAUGCCCGCCGCCUAA